AUGCGCUCAUCCUUCCGCCGUCUAGCUGCAGAUCACGCUGCAUUGCACGAGGAGCUCCCUCCAAACUACCUUUUCCCGACAGAAGACUCAUCCGAUGAUCUGACCCAACUCACCACCCUGCUGGCCGGUCCGCAGGGCACACCCUACUCCCAGGGGCUGUGGCGAUUACACUUGAAAAUGCCAGAGGAUUACCCUAAGAGUCCGCCCAAGGCGACAUUCAAGACCCGAAUAUGGCAUCCAAACGUGGAGGAGUCGACCGGCGCCGUGUGCGUGGAUACACUAAAGAGGGAUUGGAAGUCGACGUUGACGUUGAAGGACGUCUUAGUCACCAUCUCCUGCCUCCUCAUCUACCCUAACCCCGACUCCGCGCUGAAUUCCACCGCCGGCGCUCUCCUUCAAGAAGACUACGAUGCGUUCGCGCGUCAGGCGAAGCUCAUGACAUCGAUCCACGCCCCUGUACCACCAGACCUCAAAACCGCAGUUGUCGAAGCGAAAUCGAGGGGCGAGGAGGCCGGAACGCUCAUUCCAGAGCACGAGGGCACCCGCAGUCUGCGAUCACGCACAGGAACACGAGUCCAGUCCUUGACGAUGAAAACGAAGAAGCCCAGUGUGACACCGCAGCCAUCGGACCAAACCGACGCCGACCCUCACAACAACCACCCAGAAUCAGACGAUGACAGCGACACCACCCGCCCCUCCACCUCCAAAGAAAACGACCCCUCUCUCUCCCCCUGCCCCGUGAAACUCGCCCUUCCCAGCCCCCGCAAGAAUGCUCACGGGAAAAGACCCCUCUCCGACCUUACCACAUCCCUAGACCCAGAGCCGGACUCACUCAUGGAACCCGAUUUCGCACCCUCACGAACAACAGACAAGCCAACCAUGACCAUGACCACCUCAGAAAAGAACAUCGCCGCCAACCACACCCCGCACCGCGACUCCUCCCCACAGCCGCAACCGCAACGAAAAUCCCCCAAGCUCUCCCACCUCGACAAGGGCGUCAACGCCUCAGCCCGGAUCCGCGACGACGUGAUCAUCAUCUUCGAAGACGCCUCGGAUCCUUCCGACGUGCAGUCCCAUCACAGCAACGACAGCAAGGAGAAUCGUGCUGCGCUCCAUGCCUCCAAGGGGAUGGGCCCGUCCGCGCGGAAGAGUCCGCACUACCCCUCGUCUCUUCUCGCCCCUUCCCCAGCGAUUACUUGUCCGUCGGGAUCAAAGUCCAGAGCGGUGUCUGGUUCGCGGAAGGUCUCGUCCUCGAGCAUGAAGGCAAAGCCGCGCAUUGGGAUCCGCAGGUUAUAG